AUGAUAGAUAAAACAUCAUCGUUGGCUGAAGGAAGUGCUGCAGAGAAGAGUUGCCACAAAGGCAAGAAAAAGCCAUGGAAUACUGAUGUUCAAGGAUGUGGCGCCUCCGGCCUCUUGCUGCCCGUUUUGCUCAUAGCAGCUUUCCUGCAGCCUUCCAGACUAAGGAAGACCCGGAAGCUGAGAGGACACGUUAGUCACGGCCACGGCCGCGUUGGCAAACACAGGAAACAUCCUGGAGGGCGUGGUAAUGCUGGUGGUAUGCACCAUCACAGGAUUAACUUUGAUAAAUAUCACCCUGGUUACUUUGGAAAAGUAGGCAUGAGACACUAUCACUUGAAGAGAAACCAGAAGUUCUGUCCUACUGUCAAUUUGGAUAAACUGUGGACACUUGUCAGUGAACAGACAAGGCUCAAUUAUGCAAAAAACGAGGCUGGACUGGCCCCAGUCAUUGAUGUUGUGCGCUCAGGCUACUACAAAGUGCUGGGCAAGGGGAAGCUGCCCAAGCAGCCUGUAAUUGUGAAAGCAAAGUUCUUCAGUAGAAGAGCAGAGGAGAAGAUCAAAGAAGUUGGUGGUGCCUGUGUGCUUGUGGCAUAAAAGCCUUUGUUUUAUUCAAAUUUUUUGAAUAAAGGCAAUAUGUAAAAUGUGCUGAUUUACAGAA